AUGUACGCAGACACCAGAGUACAGGCAUCACAGUACGCAGACACCAGAAUACAGGCAUCAAUGUACGCAGACACCAGAGUACGCAGACACCAGAGUACGCAGACACCAGAGUACAGGCAUCAAUAUACGCAGACACCAGAGUACGCAGACACCAGAGUACGCAGACACCAGAGUACGCAGACACCAGAGUACGCAGACACCAGAGUACAGGCAUCAAUGUACGCAGACACCAGAGUACACAGACACCAGAGUACACAGACACCAGAGUACACAGACACCAGAGUACGCAGACACCAGAGUACGCAGACACCAGAGUACGCAGACACCAGAGUACACAGACACCAGAGUACACAGACACCAGAGUACACAGACACCAGAGUACACAAACACCAGAGCAUGCAGACACCAGAGUACACAGACACCAGAGUACGCAGACACCAGAGUACGCAGACACCAGAGUACGCAGACACCAGAGUACACAGACACCAGAGUACACAGACACUGGGGUACACCCCCACCGGCUCGGGGUGA